UGUGAGCUCACCACAUUCCACUCGCUCUCCACACAUCACAAUGCCGAAAGACAAGAGACCACCCACAUCAGGCUACGCUCGGAUAGCGCAGGCCGAAGAAGAGGAAGACUCGCAGAGCGAUUCUGGAGACGAGCUCCAUCAACGCCAACACUCCCUAUCCAACACGCAGUAUGCUCCCAUACAGCCCCAGCGAAAUUCGCGGAUGCGCAUGGCCGACGAAUCCGGCCCGGAUUCGCGAAGGACAUCAACGGGCCGACGGCAGCGGUCGAACUCGGGCGUGGACAUCAAAGCCAUCAACGCCCGAUUCGAGCGCUGGGCCGACGAGAUCGCGCAGAAGUUCAAGAUCAACAAGCAGUCCAACGCGCCCGACGACGAGCAGCUCGAGAUACACCACUCCGUCUUUCAGGCGCCCGACUGGGUGCGUCCCGCCACGGCGGAGUCGCUGACGCUCGACUACGACGACGGUUCGGCGGACCGCAUGACCAAGCUGCAGUUCGACGACAUUGUCGAGAGCGUGCGCACGGCCAUCGAGCUGGACGUGCACCCCAAGCUCAUCACGCAGGGCAGCUCCGGCAGCUACUUUGCGCGCAACACGCAGGGCAAGGUCGUCGGCGUCUUCAAGCCAAAGGACGAGGAGCCGUACGCGUCCCGCAACCCCAAGUGGACAAAGUGGAUCCACCGCAACCUGUUCCCCUUCUUCUUCGGGCGCGCCUGCCUCAUCCCCAACUUGAGCUACGUGUCCGAGGCCGCCGCCUACGUCCUCGACGCCCAGCUGCGCACAAACCUCGUACCCUACACCGACAUCGUCUCCCUCUCCUCGCGCUCCUUCCACUACGACUUCUGGGACAGACGGGCAUACUACAGAAAGGGGAAGGAGUUCCCAGAGAAACCGGGCAGCUUUCAGGUGUUUCUGAAGGGCUUCAAGGAUGCGAACAUCUUCUUGAAGGAGAACCCGUGGCCAGACCAGCAUAGCUCUGGACUCAGAACAGACGGCGCGCCACGCAAGAAGAAGAAGGGGUGGGUGGAGGAUUGUAGACCUAGCGGCGCACAGUCCGACAACGAGGACGACGAUGACCGGCCGCAUGGUACAAGACGGAGGGGCUUCUGGACAGACAAGCUGCAGCAGAGCUUUAGAGAGCAGUUGGAAAAGCUCGUUAUUCUCGACUACAUCAUGCGGAACACGGACAGAGGGCUGGACAACUGGAUGAUCAAGAUCGACGCCAAGACGCAGGAAGCCACCAUCGUUGCUGAGCCACCAAAGAUGGACAGUGAUGUGGAUACGGAUACGGAGCCGAGCGACUACACCAGACAGUCCAUGUCGGAGCUGGAUCCCUAUGGGCGGCGAGAGCCUAUGACGGCGACUAGUCGGUCAAACACACCCAUGCAGAGCACGCCCACGCCCGGGGUAACCAUUGGUGCUAUCGACAACAGUCUGUCGUGGCCAUGGAAACAUCCUGAUGCUUGGCGCUCCUACCCUUUCGGCUGGCUCUUCCUCCCCGUCUCCCUCAUCGGGCAGCCCUUCUCUCCCGCCACCCGCAAGCAUUUCCUCCCACUCCUCACAUCGAAACAAUGGUGGUCCGACACUCAAUCCGCACUCCGAACGUGCUUCUCCCAAGACGCGGACUUCAAAGAGCGCAUGUACGCCAAACAAAUUGCCGUCAUGAAAGGCCAGGCGUGGAACGUCGUGGAAACACUAAAAACACCCGACCAUGGCCCAUUAGAGUUGACGAGACGGGCACGCGUGUGUGUUUGGGACGAUGUAGUAGAGAUUCCGAUCGCAGUUCCGCUACGGGCGACCUCGAGCGAGAUGCGGAGGAAGAACGAGCAGCAGCAGAGGCGUGGGCGGAAUGGGAAACUUGAAGAGGAACACGAGGAAAUGGACAUUACAUCUCUCUCCACGCCAAAGCCAAAACCACAACCAGAUCUCCUCGUCAGUUCGCCGACUCAUGAAAACCGAUUCAAUCUCUCCCGUGACUCGUCGUCGCUGGACAUCCGGAGACAAUCGCCGCAUACACAUAUCAUACCUAGUUCAAUGCCUGCUAGCCAAAGUCACGCGAAUCACAAUGGAAACGGGCACGCGAGACCCGCGCACCGAAGCCGCAUGAGCUACGAAGAGCCAAAACAGUACAGGAAUAAGCAAAGGAGGUUCUCGCUCGAGGCAUAUAGAGAUGGAGAGGAGGGCGAUGAGGGCGAUUUGGGGUACGCGGCGAACGAGGACAUGGAUGGAUUGAGGAAGAAGGUUGUUGUUGAGAGGCUGGAGAUGGUCAAGGGGAAGAAUCCGGUGUUUACUUGGUGUUGAGAGAUAGGGUUGCAUUGCAGGGGUUGUUUCUUAACGAAUAUACGAUAUGCGCUUGCUUGGGAUGGUUGCACAGGUUACAAAGGGUGGAGUAUGGGAGUUGGCGCAUAGUGUGUGUAGUAUUGUUGAUUUUCACGUGGAAGCUUGUUGCAGCAUACAAAUCUUGUGACCAAUUCAAAUUAGC